GUUAUUGAAGCCUGAUACUGAUAGAUAGAUACAAGUUAGAAUAAUUUUGGGAAUUCAGUGCCAGUGGAGCCUUUGCCUUUCUGCUCGAGACGGAGACGAGCGAGAUUCAUAACUGUCAUCGUAUAGCUAAACCGUGUCAAAGAAACUGGGUUUGGCUUAACGAAUAGGCGUAAAAAUUGUAAACUGAAAAGCAGAACUGCGUUCUGCGUUGGCUUUUAAUAAUGGAUUUCAAAAUGCACGAAUUUACUCACGCUUUGGUAGGUAAGGCGUCGCCAGGAUCUGUUCUCGGAGACGGUGUUAUGUUUGAUGAAAUUCGGCGUCAGCAUGAAUGUUACACAAGACUCCUUAGGGAAUUGAAUGUUGAAGUAAUUGAAGUAACUUUGCAAGGUUCUCUACCCGAAAAACUAUUGCUGGAAAAAAUGGCAAUUAUAUGCCAUGGUAUAGCAUUACUACCUCGAAGCAACUCUACUGAUGAAAUUAACAACGCUAAAAUUCUGAAAGAGAUAUUGCAAAAUGAUCUUUGCCAAACAGUUAUCGAUCAGAUUGAUCCAGAAGCAAAUAUUUCCUGUUCAGAUGUAUUAUUCACAGGUAGGGAGUUUUUUGUUGGGAUCUCUGAGAGGACUAAUGAGGCGGGAGCUAGUGCAGUUGCUGAAGCAUUUCCUGAAUUCCCGUGCACCCCGAUAAAGAUUUCUAAAGGCACUCAAGAGUUAAAGAAAUAUAUCACUGUAGCCGGAUCCGACAUUUUAUGUGUGAGUGCCAGUAAAGAGGCAAAGGAAUUGCUUAAGAGGAUUGAACGUGAAGCCACUUUUACUUAUCAGACCUUGACGGUUCCCGAAGAUGAAGCAGCUAAUUGUCUUUAUGUUAAUGGCACCCUCAUACACAGGGCUAUUGAGGAAAUACCCCAAGCAUUCAAGGUAUUUUGUGAAAAAAUAGAUUUUGCUAGAAGAUCAAUUUGCCUCUCCGAACUUGCUAAGAUGCCGGCUGGUUUGAGUUCAUGUUGUUUGUUAGUAAGAAAACCCUAAAUUUUUGUUGGUUUGUUUAUCUAUCUUUUGGUCUCCAAAAAUACAAUAUUGCUAACAUUCACAAAUGGAGACCAAAAGCAUUACAAUGAUGUUAUUAAUUAUAUCAAUGGUUUUACCUUACCAAGCUUAAAAUUUAUUUAAAUUUAUUUUAUUUAAUUUGUUUGCAUCCAACCCAUGAGUAUCGGUAGACCAUCAGUAGUUAUGACUUCUUUGAUUGGACCAGCAAAAUCUUGCGCAUAUUUACAACAGUCAAUAUUUGUUCAAGAUUUUUUCCUAUACACAAUUAGUGUGACAAUAUCAAUUCGCCAGUGUAUUAAAGAAAAUGACAAUAAGUACGCGGAAUUACUGUAAGGGUGGGUUCCUCCAUUUACUAUAACAAUAAAAAAAAAACAAAACCACAGUUGGUAAUGGUUUGGUUCGUGAUUGAUACACCCGUUAUAGGUUGGGUUCGUUUGGUUGCGUUUUGGGUAUCGAUUACUUUUGGUCAUACAUUUGAACUUUGAGAUAAGAUCAUUGUAAAAAACUGUACGACUAUGCAUUUACAAACAUUGCGUAAUCACACAGAUCGAACACGGGACGCGGGGGACCUGUCGGUAUAUUUGCUUUUUUCGCUAUUUCGACAUUUGAAGUAUCUAUAAAAAUGUAACUAGCACAAUGCAAGUAUGCAUAACUGUUACUAAAUUAAAUAGAAAUACAUAUGUACGAAUUAAAGAAAUAAUACGAAAUGGCACUAAUCCCAGGUCAGUAAACAUAUUGUUAGAAGUUUCAUUCCCUUAAAAAUGCGUUUUAAUAUUUUAAUAAUACAAAAUACUGUUUACUUGGGAACUUACGAAGAUAAAAUAUUUUUUUACGUUUGUAUUUUUAUUUUAUUAAUACUAGUUAGUUUACAUGGCGCGUAGAAAUGAGAACUAUGAAGGAUAUUAACAUGUAGUAUCACGAAAGAAGUAUUUAUUUAUUUAUUUAUUUAUUUAAGGGCAACCAACAAAGCAUACACCAGAAAAGAACAUGUUAUAGCACUUACAUAAUAAUUACAUUUUGUAGUGUAGCCUUAAUUAAAGGCUGCCACGGCAUGCAUUAAACAUAGGAGUAAGAAUUUAAAUACGUGCAUAUACUGUUAGAAAAUUGUCUAUUCAAAUAUUAAAAAUAAGUUAGGUUCCAAUAAUAUAAUGUAUACAAGUGUUUUUCUCUUUAUCGACUGUUGUAAAUAUGCAAGUGAUUAUUUAUUUAUUAAGAUUCAAAAUCAACUUGGCGAACUAUGAUCCAUUUUGCCUAUAUUUUCCAGACGUCAAACCCCAAAACGAUCUUAAACGCCCGCUUAACUUUUUUGUACUCGCGGUAAAGAUAUCUCCUUUACAAUACAUGUUGCAUUUCAGAUAUUUUUAGUAUUAACAAAACUACGUGUUGGGUCGUGGAUAUGGAAUUUUGAACUUUUACCUUGUGGUGGGUCUUCCGUCAAAUUAGUGUUUUGUAUGCCUUCUUAAAUAAGUUCUUCUUGAGGCAAUCAAAUACAAUAAGAUAAUUCGGCAUGCACCGCAAGAGGUGGUCUUUGUUUUGCAAAGCAAAACGAUUUGCAAACGAUUUUUAGACAAAAUGGGUCAUAUAAAGUGAUUGGUUGAUAGUACAUUAAUAGGUAAUGUGAGUUCAACAGCAAAAUCAAUGACAAUUUUUUAUGCGUUUUAUUUCUCUUAAUAUUUAUUCGCUUUUGCAUUUAAAAGUAUUGUAAUAUUGUUAUCUAUUGUAAAUUAUAUAGUGUGAAUCCGAAAGAUGUAAAACUCGAGUGUCGGGGCCCUUUUUAGGGUUAAUUUAAUGGGAUGGUACAAGUAAACGUGUAUUUUUUGUACCGGACUUAUUUAAGUGUACGUCUAUUUAAGACGAGAUUAUUGAGAUGCAACUUAAUAAAGAUAAUUCAUGAUGACAAACGUAGGGCGGAAAAUGACGAGUCUUGGAUCGCAGUGCAUUUUAUAUAAUAUGUCCACAGCAGUUCUGAUAUAAGAUAUUGACUGUCCUGUUAUACUUUUAAUUAUUAGUCAAGAUUUACAUAGUUAAGUUAGCUAUUAAUCCAAGGUCUGCUAAAUUUACCUGAUACGCUUUUGACCAUUUUGUUGUAUAUCUAGCAUUGUGUUAACUGGCUGAUCUCCUUAUAUGGGAACAGUGCCAAUAAACGCUAUUAUUAACUA